GUACAAAAAAAAAAAAAAAAGGAAGAAAGAAAAUCCCUCUGACCUUUCUCAUAGGUGCUACUGGUUUCAAAUCACUUAGCUCUCUCUUUUCACUCUUGAUUUUUUCUCUUAAGCGUAGGCAUCAGUGGCAACAAUGGCUAGUUCUGCUAAAGCCGAUCCAGAGGAGCACAACAGAGAAGAUGAAGAGAACGCUCCCGCUGCCGACGAUGAAGACACUGGCGCUCAAGUCGCUCCUAUCAUCAAGCUCGAGGAAGUCGCUGUCAGUACUGGUGAAGAAGACGAGGAUCCGAUGCUUGAUCUGAAGGCAAAGCUGUAUCGAUUCGAUAAGGAAGGGAAUCAGUGGAAAGAGAGAGGGGUUGGAAAUGUGAAACUUUUGAAGCACAAAGUUAGUGGCAAAGUUCGACUGGUUAUGCGCCAAUCUAAAACUCUCAAGAUCUGUGCAAAUCAUUUUGUUCUUCCAACAAUGACUGUGCAAGAACAUGCUGGAAAUGAUAAAUCAUGCGUUUGGCACGCAACUGAUUUCGCUGAUGGAGAAUUGAAAGAAGAGAUGUUCUGCAUUAGAUUUGCUUCUGUUGAGAAUUGCAAGUCCUUCAUGGAGAUGGUUCAAGAGGUCGCUGAAAGUCGGGGAAAGAAAGAGGAAAACAAAGAUGCCACAGUUACUGCUGAUCUCCUUGAGAAGUUGAGUGUCGGAGAAAGUAAAAGUGACGGGAAAGACCAAGAAGAAAAGGCUGCUGCCUCCAAGGACAAGGAAGCCGUGGAAGAUAAAUCAGAGACAGAGGAAGGCACGAAAGAUGAGCCUGCUUCAAAAGCAUAGACCUGAAAGAGCAACCAUACCUGAAAGAAGAUUUCGAGUGGUUAGGAGACUGAUAUUUUUCUCCCAGGUUUCAGAGGUUAAUAUUUGCGAACAAUCAAACAAUGUUGGAACCUGUGGAUGGUAUGGGACUAUUUGUUUAUUUGUCUGCAUGGGGUUGUAAUUUGGUUUGGAGGGAUAAGCAAUGUUUUAAUGAAGUCUGUUUUCUAGCGGAUUUGGUGGUGUGAUACUUUGUUUCAGCUAUUGAAAUUUAGGUGACACAUGCAUCUAAGAUACCAGAUGCUGGUACGGUUAGUUUACUAGUUUAUCCUGAAGGUGCAUUUAAUCACAAUUUGACAACGUCAAUGUAGAGAUAUGCAGCUCGGAAAUUAUGGAGAUCUUCAAUUCAAAUAAUAACGGAGAUGGAGUUUUUCCUUU